AUGACUUCGCUAAGUGAAUUGAUGAAGUUCGGAAAAGAGCUAGGAUUAACGGGAGAAAACUUGCAAGAAUUCGUAAGAGAAGAGCAAAGCAAAGAGCGUGAAAGGUUUGAAUUAGAGCGUGAAGAAAGAGCGAAGGAGAGAGAAGCUAGAAAAGUGGAAUUGGAAAUGGAACCUAGAGUGAAAGAACUUGAACUAGAAAGACUAAGAUUACAAGUGCAAAGUGACGAGAGUGAGAAAUAUGAAGUAAAAGCUGAGGUUUUUAAGCCAGCACUUCCGAAACUGCCUGUGUUCAACGAGGCUAAUGACAGUAUAGACGCUUAUAUACUCCGGUUUGAGAGACUAGCAACCAGCGCCGGAUGGGACCGGGAUGUCUGGGCGGUUAGCUUAGCCUCUUUGUUACAAGGUAAAGCGCUAGAGACGUACCAGCAUCUCUCGCCUAUGGAAGCGCGCGACUUUGAACGAGUGAAAGACGCGUUGCUCAGAUGUUUCCAAUGCACGGCCGAGGGCUAUAGACAAAGACUCCGUUGUGACCAAACCUAUGUUGAUGUAUUUGAUCUUAUGCUCACUGAACAAUUCUUGAAUGCGUGUGACAAAUGCAUGGUGCUAUUUUUAAAGGAGCAUGAUUUUAAAACCUUUAAUGAGAUGAUAAAAUAUGCUGAGUUGUAUAUGGACGCGACAGGUCAUGCGAGUGCGAGUGCAAAUAGUAGCUCUGCGUCAGGAGUGAACAGGGGUGAGGAAAGGAUGAAAGGCGGAGCGCGUGCUUGUUUCGUGUGUGGACGAGGUAAUCAUCUUGCCAAGGAUUGUUAUAACAGGGUCGGAGGAACAAAGUACAAAGAUAGUAAGAUAAUCAAAUCUAAUGCUGAAAAAGCGGCAAUGGCAAAUCAUGGUGAUAAAUUGAUGAUUGCAAGAGGUAAUGUGGAAGGUGUGAAUGUUGACGUGUUUCGUGAUCCUGGAUAUCCUAUAUAUGAGUUGGUGAUCGGGACGAUUGAGGGAUCGACUGAUGGUGGAAUGAGUGUGCAGGUGAGUGCGGUGACGACAAGGUUGCAGAAGAAAGAGGAAGAAAAGUGUGUUCGAGGUCAGUCAAAACUUAAAGUAAAAGACGUUUUAAAAAAUCUUAAAAACAAACAUAUAGGUAAGUUGCAAAGGGAAGAUAAAACUCUUGAUAAAAUUCGCGAGUAUGCCGAGUCAAAAAGAGUAUUCAGUGGUAAGUCCGAGGGUGAGACGCACAGCUUCGUGGUGAAGCGCGGCGCGUUAUACCGGCGCGUUCAAAGGACACAGCAGGUGACUGAGCAGUUAGUGGUGCCUGAGUCUUUUCGGGACGCGGUGAUCGGGCUGGCCCACGAUUCCCUCAUGGGAGGGCAUCUCGGGAUAAAAAAGACCACAGCGCGGAUUCAAAGUAACUUUUUCUGGCCGGGGAUGGGUGUAGAAAUAACACGAUAUUGCAGGUCCUGUGACGUAUGUCAACGCACGGUCGACAAGGGGCGUGUCAGCCGAGUCAAGAUGGGAAGAGUGCCGCUUAUCCAGGAGCCUUUUCAACGAGUCGCCGUGGAUAUAGUAGGUCCGAUAGAGCCUCGGGCGAAUGAUGGAUCGCGGUAUAUGCUUACGAUUGUUGAUUACGCGACGCGUUACCCGGAAGCGAUCGCUUUGAAAAAUAUUGACACGUGCACCGUUGCAGAAGCAUUACUCUCGGUUUUCAGUCGCGUUGGGAUCCCGAAAGAAGUUAUGUCAGACAGGGGUAGCCAGUUUACAUCAGAGAUGAUGAGGGAAUUUAAUCGUUUGCUGUCUAUAAGGAGUUUAACAACCACACCGUACCAUGCGAUGAGUAAUGGUCUGGUUGAAAGGUUCAAUGGCGUUUUAAAAAAGAUGCUGAAGCGUAUGUGUCAAGAGCAACCGAAAAUGUGGCCGCGAUUUAUAGAUCCGCUUCUAUUUUCGUAUCGCGAAGUUCCGCAAACAAGCACGAAGUUUUCACCGUUUGAACUUGUCUACGGUCAUUCAGUGCGCGGGCCACUCGCCUUGUUGCGCGAACUGUGGGAGGGCGAUCGAGAGGCAAUUGAGGACGACACGCGGACCACAUACGAGUACGUGGUUAAUUUAAGGGAGAGGUUGCAAGAGACGUGUAAAUUAGCGCAGGAGGAAUUGGAAAAAGCUGGAGACAGUUACCAGUAUUAUUAUGAUAAGCGUGCGCGCGAGAGGGAGGUUAAUGUCGGAGAUAAAGUGAUACUCCUACUUCCCACUAGUCAUAAUAAACUCCUAUUGCAGUGGCAAGGACCAUUCAAGGUCAUUAAGAAGGCCAACAGAUAUAACUACGUGCUAGAUGUAAACGGUACAGAGCGUAAGUACCAUAUAAAUAUGAUCAAGCGCUAUCAUGAGCGGUUCGUCAAAGAAGGCGACAGUAAACCUAAUAAAGAUGUGGAACGCAGUGAUGCAACAUGCGAUGUUAAAGUAAUGCGUGACGUGAUCAGCGGUAAGAGUAACGUUGAUGAGAAUAGUGAACAAGAGAAUGGAGAUGAUUCAGUCCUUGCUUGCGUGGCAGUAGUUUGCGAAGACCACGACGAGGGUGGCGAAGUAAUUACCGUCCCAAGUUAUGUACAGGAGGAAGACGUGAGUAACGUAAGAGUAAAUGAGGAAUUGAGCGCGGACCAGAAACGCGAUGUGGCGAACGUAUUGUCGGAGUUUAGCGCGGUAUUCACGGAUGUCCCGGGAAGAACAGAUGUCAUUGAGCACACGGUUAAUCUAACUAGUGAUAGGCCAGUAAAUACUAAACCAUAUCCUAUUCCUUAUGCGUUGCAACAGAAUAUCGCAGAUGAAGUAGAUCGGAUGCUCGAGUUAGACGUGAUAGAGCCUUCAACCUCGCCCUACUCGAACCCGCUAAUCGCUGUGAAGAAAAAGGACGGGAGUGAUCGCGUUUGUUUAGACAGUCGCAAGAUAAAUAAGUUGACGGUAUUUGACUCUGAGCCCAUGCCAGAUCAGGACUUGAUGAUGACUCGUAUUAGCGGCAGUCGGUAUUUCACAAAGAUUGAUCUUUCCCGCGGGUAUUGGCAAAUCCCCAUAGAUGAACAAAGUAAGCCAAUCACGGCAUUCCAAACGAACAAAGGGUUGAUGCAAUUUAAAGUUGUACCUUUUGGACUAAUUAAUGCAAGUGCUACGUUCAACCGUAUGAUGCGGAAAUUGUUCAACGAUACCGCUAACGUAGAGAUGUUCGUCGAUGAUUUGUUAGUUCACACGAAAGGAUGGAAGGAACACAUUGAAACGUUGAUAAAAGUUCUUAACAUUCUGGCAAAUGCAUCGCUCACCGCUCGCCCGUCGAAAACGGAGAUUGGGUAUUUUACCAUAGAGUACCUGGGAAGCGAUGUGGGGGGCGAGAUGACGCAAACAACCGCGGAUAAGGUAAACAAGAUAAUGGAUAUGGCUGUUCCGAAAACUAAGAGGCAAAUCAGAUCUUUUCUUGGUCUAACAGGGUACUACCGACAUUAUAUACCCGAUUAUGCCACAAUUGCCGCGCCUCUUUAUGAACUAAUUAAAAAAUCUCAGCCUAAUAACGUAAGGUGGGAAAUUUGUCACGAAGAUGCGUUUAAUAAGCUAAAAGAAGCAUUAAGCACUCGUCCUAUUCUUAAACUCCCCGACAUGUCUAAAGACUUCGUGUUGCAAGUUGACGCUUCGGAGGUAGGAUUAGGUGCGGUGCUUUUGCAGUAUCAGGAUGGGCAGCGUUGGCCAGUACUCUACGCGAGUAAGAAAUUAAAGGGAGCCGAGCGAAAUUAUUCGGUAAUCGAGAAGGAGUGUUUAGCGGUAGUGUGGGCCGUAAGUAAAUUUUAUCAAUAUUUGUACGGUAAAGCUUUUGUGAUAGAAUCGGACCAUCAGCCUCUAAAAUAUCUUAAUUCGGCCAAUCAUUUAAAUGGAAGGUUGAUGCGAUGGUCUAUGUAUAUGCAACAAUUCAACUACACCGUAAAGAACAUUGCGGGUCGCGAGAACGUAGUUCAUCAUAACAGUCUAACGGCGUGGUUUCGGCAAUACCCCAAGAAUUUUGUGCCAUUCAUUGCCAUCGAACAUGUUUGGGCAGCUACGGACAGGCACAUGCCUAGGGAAAAUCCUCACCGUCUAUUUGGUGUUAUCCAAGAUGCAUUUCAUCCAUGGAAACAGCUGCACGCCGAUUAA